AUGGCUGAUCAAGCUGCAAGAAGCCUGCAGUUCGAGUAUAAUAUUAAUUCGAACUUGGUUAUGACUGCGGAUCGAUCCUUAAUAGAUCGUCGCUCACGUGACGAGUCUACUGGUGAAGUUCUUUCUCUUGCUGGAAAAAUACGUAUUGAGGAUAUGGGCAGCAAAGCCCAGCGUACAAGACCAAGUUUGCUGGAGGAGAAGAAAGUCAAGCGUCGCAAAAUGGAAGAAGAAGAAUAUGACGAAAUGAGAUUGAAAGCAGUCACUCUCUUAAGUGAUGAUCUCGACGAAGUUGUCGGUGUUUUAUAUAGACCCAAAACACCAGAGACUCGGAAGACCUACGAAUAUAUUCUACACUGCAUUCAAGAAGCGCUUGGAGACCAGUCGAGAGAAAUUCUUUGUGGCGCUGCGGACGAGGUGUUGGCGGCUCUUAAAAACAACAAACUUAGGGACAAGGAGCGUCGUAAAGAAGUAGAGAGUUUAAUAGGUUCCUUAGCUGAUGAGCGCUACAACAUCAUUGUCAGCCUUGGGAAAAAAAUAACAGAUUGGAAAGAUGAUAAUGAUGAAGCCAGUGAGGAAAACAUUGACGAAGCUUAUGGUGUUAAUGUUCAGUUUGAAGAAUCGGAUCAAGAGGAUGAAGAUGACACUCAGUAUGAGAUAAAAGAUGAUGAUGAUGAUGAUAUCGACGGCGAAGAGGCCGGGGAAGAAAUGACUCUUCAAUCAAAAACUACAGAGGAGGGCUCAGGGUCGAAGGGUGAUGUGGAGACACUUCACCCCCGCGAUAUCGAUGCCUUUUGGCUUCAACGAAAUGUUUCAAAACAUUGCAAGGAUCCCAUUUUGGCUCAAAAGAAAGCACAAGAAUGUCUUGAUAUUUUGAAGCUGGCCACUGAUGAUCGUGAUUUGGAAAACCGUUUAGUUCGGUGCAUCGGCUAUGAGCAGUUUGAUUUCUUACGUGUUCUUCGCCGCUACCCGUCGAUGAUUUUGUAUUGUACUCUCCUUGCCCAAGCUCAGUCGGUACAAGAAAGAGUUGAAGUGGAAACUAAAAUGAGGAGCGAUCCGAAGCUCUCUCUAAUUUUGAAGCAGUUGCGCGAAACUAAUGCAUCUUCCGACAGCGUUGCAGAUGAACGCAAUCGUAAAGCGAAUCAAAGAGUCACUCGUCUUCGUGAGAGCUCAAAGGGUGAUGGAGAUGGAAAUAAUGGCUUGCCUGACGAUAGUAGAGGCGUGAUUGCUGACGUUGUGGAUCUGGCAAAUCUGACCUUUACGCAAGGCGGCCAUUUGAUGGCCAACAAACGGUGUCAGCUGCCGGAGGGCUCAUUUCGGACUCAGAAGAAGGGAUAUGAAGAGGUGCAUGUGCCUGCACUUCGACCCAAACCUUUUGAUCAAGACGAGACCCUUCUAAAAAUCGAAAAGCUUCCAGCAUAUGCAAAAGCGGCCUUUGAUGGAUUAAAGUCUCUCAACAGAAUUCAGACUCGUCUUUACAACGCUGCCAUGAAAACGGAUGAAAAUCUUUUGCUUUGUGCUCCAACGGGUGCUGGCAAAACUAACGUUGCUCUCCUUUGUAUUAUGCACGAAAUUGGUCAUCACAUUAAUGCCGAUGGCAGCAUAAAUAAGGAAAACUUCAAAAUUAUUUACAUUGCUCCCAUGCGAUCUUUAGUCCAGGAAAUGGUCGGCACUUUCAAUAAACGCUUGAGCAGCUACGGCAUAAAGGUGGACGAGCUGACUGGCGACCAUCAACUAAGUCGAGAGCAGAUUCUUGAGACUCAGGUGAUUGUUUGCACCCCAGAGAAGUGGGACGUGGUGACGCGCCGAGGCGGAGAUGAGCGUGCUUACAUUAAUUUGGUGCGUCUGAUCAUCUUCGAUGAGGUGCACCUCCUCCACGAUGAUCGUGGGCCAAUCCUUGAAGCUAUUGUGGCGCGGACACUGCGUGCCACCGAGGCCUCAGCAGCUAGCGGUAUCAGCGUUUCUGGUGCUGCAAUCGCCAGUCCUGAUUCCAUUCGCCUUGUUGGGCUUAGUGCUACUCUUCCUAACUACACUGACGUUGCCACUUUCCUUCGGGUCGACGUGGAAAAAGGUCUUUUCUACUUUGAUAACAGCUUCCGACCUGUUCCGCUAGAGCAGCAGUACAUCGGCAUAACGGAGAAGAAGGCCGUAAAGCGUUUCCAAUUGAUGAAUGAAAUUGUUUAUGACAAGGUAGUGGAGCACGCAGGUCGUAACCAGAUCCUCGUAUUUGUGCACUCGCGCAAAGAGACAGGUAAGACUGCGCGUGCCGUGCGUGACAUGUGUCUGGAGAAGGACACUUUGGGACUUUUCAUGAAGGACAAAAAUGCCUCUACCAUGGUCUUGCGCCAAGAGGCUGAGCAAGUGAAGAAUUCUGAGUUGAAGGAUCUACUGCCCUACGGCUUCGCUAUGCAUCACGCCGGCAUGAGCCGUGUAGAUCGUACUCUUGUCGAAGAUCUCUUCGCAGAUCGACAUAUUCAAGUUCUUGUUUCCACCGCUACUCUGGCCUGGGGUGUCAACUUGCCUGCGCACACAGUCAUUAUAAAGGGCACUCAGGUCUACAAUCCGGAAAAGGGUAAGUGGACGGAGUUGGGUCCACUGGAUGUUAUGCAAAUGUUGGGUCGUGCAGGACGGCCUCAAUACGAUACAAAGGGUGAAGGCAUUCUCAUCACAAACCAUACGGAGCUUCAGUACUAUCUCUCUCUUAUGAAUCAACAGUUGCCCAUUGAGAGUCAGCUGGUUUCGCGUCUUCCUGACCUUCUGAACGCUGAAAUUGUGCUAGGUACAGUUUCAAGUUUGCGAGAUGCUGUCAAUUGGCUAGGCUACACAUAUCUCUACAUACGAAUGCUUAGAGCCCCUUCGCUCUACGGAGUUCCUUCGGGCAGCGAACACUCCGAUCCCUGGUUAGAGCAGCGUCGUCGAGAUCUCAUUCAUACCGCUGCAAUCGUGCUUGAGCGCUGCGGUCUCAUCACUUACGAAAGACGUACAGGCAACUUCGAGUCUACUGAGCUGGGGCGCAUUGCUUCUCACUUCUACCUCACCCACGAAACCGUUCAAACUUAUAACAAGCUACUUCGGCCGGGUCUUGGUGAAAUUGAACUCUUCCGAGUGUUUGCUGCCAGUUCUGAGUUCAAACACAUCACUGUUAGACAGGAGGAGAAAUUUGAACUGGCGCAACUUCUUGAACGCGUUCCAAUUCCGAUCAAAGAGGCCGCUGAUGAUUCGUCUGCAAAAGUUAAUUGUCUUCUUCAAGCCUACAUAUCUGGUCUGAAAUUAGAGGGUUUCUCAUUGGUGUCCGAUAUGGUUUUCAUCACUCAAUCAGCAGGCCGAUUGAUGCGAGCACUGUUUGAGAUGGUACUUUACAAGGGGUGGGCGGAACUGGCCGACAACGCACUUGUUCUUGCGAAAAUGAUAGAGAGACGAAUGUGGGAGUCUAUGUGCCCCCUGAGGCAGUUUAAAAAACUUCCUGAUGAAGUUAUCACGAAAUUGGAGAAGAAGGCUCUUCCCUUUGAGCGUCUCUAUGAUAUGAACCACCACGAAUUGGGCGAGUUGGUUCGCUCAGCUAAGCUGGGCAAGCCGCUUCAUAAGUAUCUUCAUCAGCUGCCUCGUCUUGAGAUGAGUGUACACGUGCAGCCAGUAACAAGAUCUGUCCUUCGUGUGGAGCUCACGCUCACACCCGACUUCGUGUGGGACGAAAAAACGCACGGAAAUACACAAGCCUUUUGGAUUUUCGUGGAAGAUGUGGAUGGUGAUACUAUUCUCCAUCGAGAAUUCUUUGUACUAAAACAGCGAUACGCCACAGAAGAGCAUGUACUCCACUUCACCGUACCAAUUUUCGAUCCCCUUCCACCACAUUAUUAUAUUCGAGCAAUCUCGGACAGGUGGAUUGGUGGGGAAGUUACACUCCCAGUUUCAUUUCGACACCUCAUCCUCCCGGAAAAAACCAUUCCUCCCACUGAACUCUUGGACUUGCAGCCUCUUCCAGUCACUGCCUUAAGAAACAAGGAGUUUGAAGCCCUCUAUGUUGACCAGAUUCGAGACUUUAAUCCUAUUCAAACACAAGUAUUCAACUCAUUGUACAAUUCGGAUGAAAACGUUUUCAUCGCGGCACCUACAGGAAGUGGAAAGACGGUUUGUGCUGAGCUGGCUCUUUUCCGUCUAAUGACUACAGCACAGACGAAUCAACAGGUCGAUGAGUCAGGUGAACCAGUUUUCAAAUGUGUCUACGUCACGCCCUACGAGGAGCAGUCAGAAUUACGCUAUAACGAUUGGUCCACCCGCUUUGCCGCUAAACUGGGUCGACGAGUGGUUCGCCUCACGGGUGAAACCUCGGUCGACUUAAAACUGCUUGCUCGUGGCCAAAUCAUUGUCACCACUCCUGAUCACUGGGACGUGCUAUCGCGACGAUGGAAACAGAGGAAACAUGUGCAGGGUGUGAAUCUCUUCAUUGCUGAUGAUCUUCAUCUUGUUGGCGCAGAGGGUGGACCUGUCUAUGAAGUGGUCUGCUCGCGUAUGCGCUAUAUGGCGAGUCAAAUUGAGUCCAGUGGUCAACCUUUGCGCAUAGUCGGUUUGGCGCACAGCGUCACGAAUUUGCGCGACAUGGCAAGUUGGUUGGGCUGCUCGGCUGGCGCCAGCUACAACUUUCAACCCAAUACCCGUCCAUUACCUCUUGACCUCUCCAUAGUAGAACUCAACUUCGCCCACCAGGCCAGCCGCUUAAUGGCUGCGAAUCGACCUAUGUUUCGGGCCAUCAAUCAUCACGCCUAUUUGAGUACUGGUGCCGGACCAGGUCUGCAUAGACCCACUAUUGUGUUUGUGGCCUCACGACGGCAGGCCCAGCGAACUGCUCUCGAUCUGAUAACCAUGCAAGCUACCGCCAAUGCACUGGGUAGCACUCAACAACAGCAACUACCCAAAUUUGUCCCUCUCUCCGGUCAUCUGGAGGAAGCUUUGGAAAAGGCGGCGAGUCAAAUUUCGGAUAAUGCACUUUCGGAGAUCCUGCGCUACGGUGGUGGUGUGGCGUACCUACAUAAGGCCCUAAAUAAGGGUGAUAGGCGUUUAGUGGAGGCGUUAUAUGCCGCUGGAGCCUUACAUACUCUGGUUGUUUCUCGGGAUCUCGCCUGGGCGUCAUCUAUUUCCGCCUAUUUGGUGAUUGUGUUGGAUACACAGGACUACAACGGCAAGAUCCAUGCCUACGAGGACUAUCCGAUCAUUGACAUGAUUCAAAUGGUUGGUCGAGCGAAUCGACCCGGUUUGGACAGUGACUCGAAGGCCAUUGUCUUUUGUCAGACGGGCAAGAGAGAGUACUUAAAGAAGUUCUUGCACGAUCCUCUCCCUGUUGAAUCGCAUUUGGAUCACGAACUCCAUGACCACUUUAAUGCUGAAAUUGUUACAAAGACUAUUGAGAAUAAACAAGAUGCUGUGGAUUAUUUGACGUGGACAUUCCUUUAUCGGCGAAUGACGCAAAACCCCAAUUAUUACAACUUGCAGGGUGUUACGCACCGACAUCUCAGUGACCACUUGAGUGAAUUGGUGGAGACAACAUUGACCGAUUUGGAGCAAUCCAAGUGCAUUGCCAUUGAGGAUGAGAUGGACCUUUCUCCACUCAAUUUGGGCAUGAUCGCUGCAUACUACUACAUCUAUCAUAGUACUAUUGAAUUGUUUAGCUUGUCACUGACGAACAAAAUGAAGAUUCGGGGUCUACUCGACGUGAUAAGCAACGCCUCGGAGUUCGAUACUCUCCUGCCUGUGCGCCAUCACGAAGAUGCAGUGUUGCGCCAGUUGGCGACCAAAGUGCCACAAAAGCUUGCUCCUAAGGCAAGCUACACCAGCCCUCAUGUGAAGGCCAAUCUCUUGUUGCAGGCUCAUCUCUCUCGCAUUAGUCUUUCCACAGAGCUCCAGGGAGACACUGACAGGCUUCUUGUGUGCACCGUUCGCCUCAUUCAGGCUUGCGUGGAUGUGCUAUCAAGUAACAGCUGGUUGGGUCCUGCUCUCGCAGCUAUGGAAUUUUCUCAGAUGGUUACACAGGCUGUUUGGCACAAGGAUUCCUAUCUCCGUCAACUACCCCACUUCAAUGCUGAGCGCAUUUCUAAGUGUAAGGAGGCAGGUGUGGAAUCAAUCUUCGACCUAAUGGAGCUAGAGGAUAGUGCGCGGACUCAGCUUCUCGAUGGUCUUUCACAGGCUGAGGUUGCUGAUGUCGCGCGCUUCUGCAACCGAUAUCCGGACGUCGAGGUGAAUUACGAACUCACCGGUCCCAACGGUCCCAUUACCAACAAGACUCAAGUUAAAAGUGGGGAUACAAUUAGUGUGAACGUGAGCAUUGAACGCGACGAGGCCAACGCGGGUCCUGUACUUGCCCCCUUCUUCCCUCAGAAGCGCGAGGAGGGUUGGUGGUUGGUAGUAGGAGAGGUAAAGACGAACAGCCUGAUGGCGAUCAAGCGCUUGACCCUGGUUAAGUCGACCAAAGUGCGCCUCGAGCUUACGGUGCCUGCGUCAGCGCAAGGCGGUGGCAAACACGAGUAUACUCUCUUCUUCAUGUCCGACGCUUACAUGGGCUGCGACCAAGAAUACCGCUUCACCCUUGAUGUUCGCUGA